AUGUUUGGAGACGUAGCGCAACCGGAGGAGUACCAGACAGUGGAGUUUACUGUUUACAAAAAUGCAAAGGUCAUGAGCCCUUUCGACAUGCCAGAUUAUAUGCUUGACUACACGAUAGCCAAAGCGAAGGAGCUUCUGGAGGGUGACAACGGCUCAAAUGCUCAGGAGGUUGCAACAGCACUUAAGAGAGACUUAGAUGAGAAAUGGCAGCCAUGCUGGCACGUGACAGUUGGAAAGAACUUUGCCAGUUACGUUGUGCAUCAGAAGCGGAGAUUUGUAUACUUUUCAAUCGGGAAGAUAUCCUUUCUUGCAUACAAAGCCCAGUAA